UGGGAAGGGUCCGGGAUGGUGACAGGGGCACGAGGCCAGGAGAGGCUUUGGAUGCUGUGAUGCUGGAGAAGGAUUUUGGGGAGCUCUGGAGGAGGUGCUGCACGGGCUCUGAGGAGGGAGAGGCACUGCUGGGACAGUCCUCUGGUGUCAGGAGGGAACAAAAAGGCUCUGGGAGCCAGGGUGGCUGCGUGGCUGUUUGCACGGAGCUCCUGUCCAGGAGCAUCCUUCACUUCUGGCUCUGGAUCGUGGAUUGUGGAGUGACUCCUUGUGGUUCUGCCUCUGGGGCUGCGUCACCAUCCCUGUGGAGCAGGAAAGGAACAGGGUGGCCAAAUCCUUCUCUGGGGCUUCCAGAAAAUCCCAGUCCUGCCCCUCUCCCUUUCCCUUUAGAGGGCUGGCUCGGUGCCCUGGCUGGUUUUUCACAGGCUCUGUGCUCACCUUGUAUGAGUGGCGUUUUGAAAUUCUCUGUUCCGUCGCAGGUUUUAGCCUGAAAUCAAAUAAAAACUUGUUCUUGCUACUUUUUCCCUCUCAAAGGAUGUGCCCAGUGCUGGAGCAGUGUAAGAGGCUCUUCCAAAUCCUGUGCUGAGGGCUUUUUUUUUUCCCCCUCUAAGAAUGUGAAGUUUUUUACCUCAAAUGUGAGGUUUUCAGCCCUGUUGGGUUAUAAUUUUUAAAGGCACUUAAUUAUAUCUGAAAUAUGAAAUAAGCAGUUGUUUGGUUUGAAAUGCUGCUGCCCUGCAGGUUUUUGCUGCACAGGAAUUUCACAAAUUUGGGUUCUGUGCUCUGUGGUGAGGUUUUAGUGCCUUUUUUAAAAGAUUUUUUUUUUCUUUUUCACUGUUCUUUUCUGAGCAGCUCUCAAACAUCCACAGCUGAGGGGUAAAAAGCUGCAUUUGCUGGGAGGAAAUAAAUAAUUUGUUGAUUAGAACCUUUUAUUUUCCACGCUGGGAAGUUGAAUCGGGCCUGGAAUGUGGGAAUUCCCUGAAUUUGAUGGGAUGAAGGAAGUGGGGAUGGUAUCCAAAGGGUCCUUUAUGGAAUCCUGAGGGCCUGUGGAAAGGUUUGGAUGGAAUUUCUCCAUUCAGAGCUCCCUGUGGAGGGAUUUGUUUAACCCCAGCAGAGCCUGCUAAGUUCACACUCCUUAAUCUGCUGUGACGUCCAGGAGCAGCUGAGCUCAUCCGUGGAUCCACAGGGCUUGGGAUGUGCUCAGCACAGGAAACAGGAGCUCAGGGUUGGCCCAGGGCAUUCCCUGGACAGCUGAUGGUGACUUUGAAAAAGCUUCACAGAAUUCUGUGCUUGUGUUUUUUAGGCAGAGCCUCAAAUAUCUCUUCCAAGAUCCCCAAAUCUUGACUUAGAGGUAGUAAAAUACGUCCCUAAAACUGCCAGGAUGCUUAGCCCAGGAAAACGCCAGCAGGGAUUUCCAAAAUUUCAGAAAAUAGAAUUAUUUUCAGUGAAAAGAGCCCGUAUUGGACUGAAAAUAAUUCUAUUUACUGAAAGAACAUCCCCCCAGAGCUCCACAGACAGUAAAUUCCAGCAGCAGACUUGCCUGGAUGUGGGAUUUGCACCUCUGGCAUCUCUUUUUCCUACCUGAAAAUAGAUCUGUGUCCACAGGAAGAAAAACUGCUUCUGCAGAAGGUGGGGAGUGGUGAUGAAAUAUUAAUUCUCCCUUCUGAGUCACCCAGCCAGACCAGAUUGGAUCUCCUGCUUCCCAAAAGGAUCAGGAGUUGUUCAACCCCAGGAACAACUUGGUCUGGUUUCCCAGGAAAAUGAUGCUUGGGAGAGAUUCCUGCUCCCUGUAGCCAAAUCAGGCAGCAGGCAGAAAUCUGAAAGUGAAAUUCCUGUAAAUUUCAGGGAAAUGAGUCCCCCCUGGGAAAGGAACCCAGUUAGAAGUGAAGUGUGAGCUCAGUUUGGAGGAGAAAAUCCUCGUGGGGAGGUGACUUUGUUCCCCUGGUCCCAUAAAAUAAUUCCUGGGCGGUGGCUGGAAAGGCCUGGGAAUCCUCUGGAGGAUUUCAAGGAAUAAAAAAGGGUGAAAACAACCGUGGAGCUGUAAAAGCAGAGCUGGGUGGUGUUUGCUGAGUUCAGAGUUCCCUGGAUCCCAUUUCCCUUGGGUAAACAGGAGGAAAGUGAGGCAGAGGCCGGGUGUUCCUGGGCUGAGUCACUGUCUGAGCCGGGAUUAACUCCCGUGGCCCCUGGGAAUCCUGCUCCCAGCACUCCCUGAAACCUGGGAGAGAUUCCUGGCACUGAGCCCAGAGCUCCUCUGGCCCAAAAACCUUGGAGAUUCUUCCUCUGUAUUGACAGAACCAUGGAAUGGUUUGGGUUGGAAGAUGAUCCAGCACUAAUGAUCCAAUUCCAGCUCCUUUCCAAGGGCAGGGACACAUUCCACUGAUGGCAGUGUGAUGGUGGCAUUCCAAAUUCCCUGUCUCCCCUUCCCUGAGCUUCCAAACUUCUGUCUUUAUUUGAGGAUGAACCCUGAAUCCAUGGAUUUCCCUGUGCCAGGAAGGUGGGAGAUCCCACCCACUGCUGGAGGAGAAAUAAAUCCCAGAGGAGCUGAUGGGUCCCUCUCCAGGAAUUGAUGAUCAACUCCUUUCUGCUUCCAGGGGAUGUUGGGAAUUAUUAUUAUGGCCAAGGACAUCCCAUGAAACCCCACAGGAUCCGCAUGACCCACAACCUCCUGCUCAACUAUGGGCUCUACAGGAAGAUGGAGAUCUAUCGUCCUCACAAAGCCAAUGCAGAGGAGAUGACCAAGUACCACAGCGACGAUUACAUCAAAUUCCUCAGGUCCAUCCGCCCUGACAACAUGUCUGAGUACAGCAAGCAGAUGCAAAGAUUUAAUGUUGGGGAGGACUGCCCUGUGUUUGAUGGGCUCUUUGAGUUCUGUCAGCUCUCUGCUGGAGGCUCUGUUGCCAGUGCUGUGAAGCUGAACAAGCAGCAGACAGACAUCGCAGUGAACUGGGCAGGAGGUCUCCACCACGCCAAAAAAUCAGAAGCUUCUGGUUUCUGCUACGUCAACGACAUCGUCCUGGCCAUCCUGGAGCUCCUCAAGUACCACCAGCGGGUGCUGUACAUUGACAUCGACAUCCACCACGGGGAUGGGGUGGAGGAGGCUUUUUACACCACAGACCGAGUCAUGACCGUGUCCUUCCACAAAUAUGGAGAGUAUUUCCCAGGAACUGGGGACCUGAGGGACAUUGGGGCAGGCAAAGGGAAGUACUACGCUGUCAAUUACCCGCUGCGCGACGGCAUCGACGACGAGUCCUACGAAGCCAUUUUCAAGCCUGUGAUCUCCAAAGUGAUGGAGACGUUCCAGCCCAGCGCCGUGGUCCUGCAGUGCGGCUCUGAUUCCCUGUCUGGGGACAGGCUGGGCUGCUUCAACCUGACCAUCAAAGGCCAUGCCAAGUGCGUGGAGUUUGUGAAGAGCUUUAACCUGCCCAUGCUGAUGCUGGGAGGAGGGGGGUACACGAUCCGCAACGUGGCCCGCUGCUGGACCUACGAGACUGCUGUGGCUUUGGACACUGAGAUCCCCAAUGAACUUCCAUACAACGACUACUUCGAGUACUUUGGGCCAGACUUCAAGCUCCACAUCAGCCCCUCCAACAUGACCAACCAGAACACCAACGAAUACCUGGAGAAAAUCAAGCAGCGGCUCUUCGAGAACCUGAGGAUGCUCCCUCACGCUCCCGGGGUCCAGAUGCAGCCAAUUCCUGAGGAUGCUGUCCAGGAGGACAGUGGGGAUGAGGAGGAGGAUGAUCCUGAGAAACGCAUUUCCAUCCGAAAUUCCAACAAGAGAAUAUCCUGCGAUGAGGAAUUCUCCGACUCCGAGGACGAGGGCGAGGGAGGACGCAAAAACGUCGCCAACUUCAAGAAAGCCAAACGUGUGAAAGCAGAGGAGGAGAAGGAGGAAGAGGAGAAGAAAGAUGAGAAAGAAGAGGAAAAAGUCAAAGAGGAAAAAGCAGCAGCAGCAGAACCCAAAGGGGUGAAGGAAGAAACAAAAUCCACUUGAGUUGGCUGCAGCUGCCUGGGUGUUGUAGGUUUAGCUCCUGGGUUGCCUCCUCCCCACAGGAUUUCUAUUUUAUAUAUGUUUUCUGUAUAUAUUUCUAUAUAAUUGUAUAAAUGACUGGAGAACUGUAAAUUAUUCCUUGCUGCACUCCACUGGGAGCAGGCAGGGGAGGAUUCAGCUGAGCAGCCCAGGUUUGGUGUCUGGGGGAGUUUCACCCUUUGCCUUCCACUGCCCCUCCUUGGUGUGGCUCUAAAAACACAAAAAUCACUUCCUUGCCUUUGCUCUCUCCUCUGAAAUAACCUUGGAAAAGAAUAAUUUAAGUAGAAGUAGCGUCUGCAUUUCAGGUUAGGUGGAAAGAUGGCCAUCAAUUCUUGGUUUUCCUCAAUUUUAUUUUUUUUUGGUGUUGUUUUUGAUGGGAGAAUUCCCAAACAAAGCUGGGAGAGACCUUUGGGGUCUUCAGUUGGAUUCAAACCACAAAAAAACAAAAACCUGCGAGCUGGUGCCACUUCUCAGGGUCUAAAUUGUGCAGUUCUUGAACAGAGUUGGCUCCUCCCUGCAGCAAAACUUGGGGAAAGAGAUGAAGCAGCUGAAAAAAAACCUGAAAAGUCCUUUUUUUUUUAAUUUUUUUUGUUUUUUUUUUAAAUGAAUCAGCCCCAGAGCCCAGAUCUGGAAAAAGUAAAAUGAAAAUCACCUUUAGGGGGUGAUUCAGUUUUCCAGGAUCUCCUGGAUCCAGGGAGUGUGGCAGCACUUGAUGCUCCUCCAGGGAGGGAAGGGAUUUUUUUUGCUGGUUUUUGAUGCCUCUCUGCGUGGGGAGGGAAUUCCUCCCCUUUGGCUCCACUUUUCUGCUGAAACCCCAGAAAUCCCCUCAAAGAACCCAGCUUUUCUUCAUGUGAAUCCCUAAAAAAAACCCAAGUUUUUCCUUAUUUUUAAGCCAAGUUUUCCAACUGGAUUUCCUUCCAAGGCCAGUAAAUUCCAGCUUUUCUAUCCUGAGGGAACAGCAGAUGGGGCUCUGAGCUUUUGUACAGCUCCUCUCCCUCCUCCCACACAUCCUCACCCCCAGAUCUCUUUUGUGACCUUUUACCUCUCCUUUUCUACAACCAAGAGAAGGAAAAAUAAAUUUUUUUGGGGGGGGUGAGGGGGGGAAAAAAUUCAGAUUUUUAAAAUUUUGCAUUAUUUUUUUGUUUCUCCAGGCAGUUCCCACUCGCUGCUCUCCUUUCUCAGGGGGAUCCCUCUGGAAUUCCAGAGGCUCUGCACCCUCCCAUGGGAGCACUGCUGAGAUUUUCAACUCCAAUAAUGCUGCUAAAACUUCACACAGGUUCUUUUUCAAAGGGUUUAUUUUUUUAAUUCCUUAUUUUUUUUUUACCCCCCCCUUCCCUUUUAUUUUUUCUCCCCCCUCACCGUGGAGUUUUUUUAGUCUCUUUGGGAUCUUUGAGUGAGGUUUUCACUCUGAUUUUCAGUGUUUUUAUGUGAAACAAGAGAGAGAUCAGUGUAACUUUGUGUCUGGGGAAUGUGGGAGGGACAGGAGGGGAGGGGAAAAAAUCUAUUGUGGUUUUUUAAAGAUGCGUUUAUUUUGAAUUUUCAGAACCUUUGUAAUAAAACUGCUCCAUUUCUA